ACGCCAUCCACGAAACGUUGAGCAAUUGUGCGUCAUCCUACCUUGCGCCGGCGCGAUUGGAACACGAGAUAUGCUCCCGGCCUGAAGCUUGCCUGACUUACUAUAUACCGACCAAUGUCUCUCACAGCGAAUUGUCGAUAGCCUGUCGUCUCCGAUCCGAACCCAGCCGCGUACGGCAGCUUCCAUAACGAUGCCCCCCCGCCGGCGCACUCUCUCGCUCAUCCUCUUCCUAGCGGCAACAUUCUACCUCUUCUAUCACCUUCCCGCGCGCCCACCACCUACGCCUUCGCCCCGCACUACUGUUCACGAAGAAACGAUCGAUGAAGCAUACAAAUACUUUGGCUUCACACGGGGGAUCAGCAUCUUCCAACCGGACAACUACACUAAGCACCUGGUCCUCCCGUGCACGCCACAAGACGACAUCUCGUGGCUCUCCGCGCUCCCGCCAUGGCUCAAACUCACCCCCAAGGUCUACCACGUCCCCACGACCUCCUCAUCCACGCUCCCGCCGGGCGCGCUCACCGUCCCCAAAAACAAAGGCAACGAAGCCAUGACCUACCUGACGUACCUGAUCAACCACUACGACACGCUGCCGGACCUCGUAGUGUUCACGCACGCGUCCAACAUCGCCUGGCACAACAACGACAUGCACAUGCUCAGCACGGCGCUGAUGCUGCGGGAGCUGAACUACCACCGGGCAGCGCGGCUCGGGUUCAUGAACCUGCGGUGCCACUGGGACCCCGGCUGUCCCUCGUGGAUCAAGCCCCACAACAGCCGCUACACCCCUGACAAGGGCGAGGAAAUGUACUUCCACCGCGAGUUCAGGAAGCUUUUCCCCGGCGUGAGGUUGCCCGAAACCCUGGCGAGCGCGUGCUGCGCUCAGUUUGUUGUUGCCCGCGACAGGAUCCGGGGGAAUACCCGCGAGGAGUAUGUUCAAUGGCGCGAGUGGCUGCUGCAUACAGACCUGGUCGAUCGGUACUCCGGCAGGAUUAUGGAGUAUCUCUGGCAUUACAUGUUCUCGGAUAGAGACAACAGAACCACCACGGUUUGCCCGAGCGAGUACGCUUGCUACUGCGACGGAUACGGUAUGUGUUUUGGCAGCGAGGAGACGUAUCGGAAACAUCUGGCUACCGGGAAGGAUGCGGCAGAUAUCGAGAAGCAGUUGAAGCAGUAUGUGGAGGAGGGACCGAAGAAGGGGGAGAAUAGGGAGGAUAGGGAGGAUAUCCUGAGGCAGAUGAGGAAGAGGAUUGAGGAGGCUCAACAGGUGCUGAUGAAAGAGAUCGAUAUUGCGAGGGAGAGAGGGAGGGAUGCGGAGGUGAGGAGGAGCGAGGUGAGUGUGGACGAAUUUACGGAGAUGAAGAACAAGUAGAAGGGAGGCCUUUUCGAUUACUGGGAUGUAGAGUGGGAGUUUUGCAUUUGCGAGGGGAUCCUGUGAUUUUGAUGGGAUAUUUCUCGUUCGGUGGGGUAUAGAGUACUCCAUGUCGAGCUGCCCGAGUCUCAUGCCUGGAGUCGAUAAACUAUAUACGGCCGAGUCGGAUUUGCUGUUGAGACAGACAGAGCGGGGGCAUAAUUCUUUGGGUGAUACGGUACAUCAUUCAGGUCCAGUGUGCCCGACGGCGUUCCGCUUUCUGCCCUCCGGAGUCGGAGAGCGGAGGUAGAAAGUGCAAAUGCUAAACAGAGCUCUGCUGACCGGCUUCUCACCUUCGUCACGGCCUCUCGUGAAGAAGACCACCUAUGCUGAG